UGGCUAUAUCUGCAGGUCCACGUUGGAUCCCGCUGCCAGCCCGUGUUUUCUCGCUGGGCAGAAAGCAAAGAUCUCAUUCCAGAGCCUGUUAGAGGAGCAGAGUUGGAUCUACAGCAAUCCAGCACCUGGAGAAAGGAGGCUGUGGCCAUCCCCAGCGUCCACUUACAGCUGGAGACAUGAGGUCCCUGGCUGUCCUGCCCAUCCUGCUGCUCCUCAUGCUGCACCUCACAGCUGGGGCAUUUGCAGCACCGAACUAUGUGGUCACGUCCCCAGCUGUGUUCUACCACCCCUACACAUCGAUGCUGUGGGUCCAUCUCAGUGGCCUCCACAAGCCUGUCCAGGUGACCAUCCAGCUUCAGAGACGAGACAGGACCCAUAACAUCACGCUGCUGGAGAGGGAGGUCCAGGAGCCUCGUCUGUACCUGAACGUCACCUUUCCUGCUCCAGCCCCCACCAGAGGGAAGGAGGAAAUCGUAGACCUGCACGUCUCCAUCCAGGGAGAUUCCCUGGAUGUCUCCGAGAAGAAGCCGGUGAUACUGAGAGCCCUGGAGCCUGGGAUCUUCAUACAGACAGACAAGGCUGUCUACAAGCCUGGACAGCAAGUGAAGUUUCGAAUUGUCUCUCUGGAUAAAGACUUCACUGCCAGCAAUAAGAAGCUGCCCCUUGUGGUCCUGAAGGAUCCCAACCACAACCGCAUCGCGCAGUGGCAGGAGGUGAGCCCACGGCAGGGCAUCGUGGACCUGUCCCUCCCGCUGGCUGCGGAGCCAGCCCUGGGCACGUACAUCAUCGAGGUGAAGGGGAAGAGCCACUCCUUCAGCGUGGAGGAAUACGUGCUGCCCAAAUUUGAGGUGACCAUUGGCCUCCCCGCCGUGGUGCUGGAGGACAAGAAUGUCCAGGUGGAGAUUUGUGGACGGUACACCUACGGGAAGCCCGUCCAGGGGAAGGUCCAGGCCAACUUGUGCCAGCAGGGACGAAGGAACUGGUUCGAACCCGUGGAGACCUGCAUCGAGGUUAGCGGGCAGACUGAGAAGAAUGGCUGCUUUUCAACAGAGGUUUCAUUGGCUGCCUUCAACAUGACCAGAUUCAACUAUGGGAAGCGAUUCCAAGUCCAGGCAUCGCUGGUGGAGGAUGGGACAGGGCUGGAGCAGAAAAACACCAAGAGCUGCGAGAUUUUACGUGAAACCAUCACUGUCAUCUUCAAAAACACCCAUUAUUUCUACAAGCCCGGCAUCCCCUACAGUGGGACGAUGCUGCUGACAGGAGCUGCUGGCACCGUGCUGCCACAUAAGGAGCUCUCGCUCUUCGUUACGCACCAAGGAAAAUCUAAGACUCAUACCUUCCUGACAGACAGUUCAGGGAGAGUCUCCUUCGAGCUGGAAACCUCUGGUUGGAGUGACACAGUCAGCCUGCAUGCUCAAGUCAACAGGACGCUUAACAACCAGAACAGUGGCACCUACCAAGAUGCCUACGCAUCCCUCAGCCCCUUCUUCUCAGCAAGCAAGAGCUUCCUGCAGAUCCGCCAGCUGGAGAGAGAGCUGCCCUGUGGCCAGCCCCAGCAGCUCUGGGUGGACUACAUCUUCACAAAGGCGGCCUUGGGGACUGAGUCAGAGAGCCUGGAUGUGGUCUUUCUGGUCUUGGCCAAGGGGACCAUUGCCACCGUCCUCAGGAAAGAGCUGCCUGUAGCAGAUGGGAUGAGAGGCUCCUUCUCCCUGGAGCUGCCCAUUGGCCCCGAGCUGGCACCCAUGGCCAAGGUGCUGGGCUACGUGGUGCUGCCCAACGGUGAGAUGACGGCUGACAGCAUCGAGCUCAAUGUGGCCAAGUGCUUCCCCAACAAGGUGAAGAUAGCUUUUUCGGAGGACAGGGCUCUGCCCGGCUCGGGGCUGCGGCUGGAGCUGAAGGCUGCCCCGGGGUCCCUGUGUGCUGUCCGUGCCGUGGACCGCAGCGUGGUGCUCUUGAAGCCCGAGGCUGAGCUCAACGUAGAGGCAGUCUACAACCUACUCCCCAAAUUCAACCACCUCGGCAUUCGAGACCCACGGCCCUGUCCAGGAUUUUUUGAGGAGCAUGUCCCCUACUUUCCCAUGCCCGACUUCCCGGAGCCGCUAGGCCCAUUUCAUUUCGAAAGGAGGCAUUUCUUACCUCCCCCUAUAUGGGGCGGUUCCAAGAUGGAGACCUACAAGUUAUUUCAGGACGCAGCACUGAAACUUUUCACCAAUGCCAACACCAGCGAUGUUUGCAAAAGUAUGUUCCACACGCCCGGGCUUGCGGGGCCUGCAGGUCCCAUAGUUGGUCUUGGUGCUCCAUUCCCCGCUUUGAGUUUAAGUGAUGUUUCCAAAGACGCGUGGGAGGAAAAUAUCCCAUUCGGCGCUGUCCGGAAAGAGCCACCAGCACCCCGGACGUAUUUCCCAGAGACGUGGCUGUGGGACCUGGUCCCCGUGGGGGAGGGCGGCUCUGCAGAGAUGGCGCUGACAGUGCCUGAUGCCAUCACCGAGUGGAAAGCUGGGAUGUUCUGCACGUCCCCGUUGGGCUUGGGAAUGGCCCCUGACACCACCCUCACGGCCUUCAAACCCUUCUUCGUGGAGCUGGCUCUGCCCUACGCCGUGGUCCGCCAUGAAGCCUUCACCCUCGUGGCCACCGUCUUCAACUACCUGCGGCAGUGCCUGAGGGUUCAGGUGACGCUGGCGGAGUCAGAAAAGCUGGAGGUGUUGGCGAGCGCAGAGGAGGAAUAUGGUGGUUGCAUCUGCGCAGAUGAAGCCAGGACCUUCCGAUGGGGCGUGCGAGCCACCAGCCUGGGGGAGGUGAACAUCACUGUCAGCACCGAGGCCCUGAGCUCCAAGGAGCUCUGUGGCAACGAGAUGCCUGUGGUGCCAGCCCAAGGGCAUGUGGACACCGUGAUAAAGCCCUUGCUGGUGCAGCCCGGGGGGAUCCUGGUGGAGAAGGCGCACAACUCCCUGCUCUGCCAGGAAGCCACUGAAGAAAUCUCCCUGGAGGUUCCUGCAAACAUCUUGGAGGGCUCCCAGCGAGCCCAUGUCACUGUGAUGGGUGACAUCAUCGGCAAUGCUCUGCAGAACCUGGACUCCCUCCUGGCCAUGCCCUAUGGCUGUGGGGAGCAGAACAUGGUCCGCUUCGCCCCCAACAUCUACAUCCAGCAGUACCUGGAGAAGAGCAAGCAGCUGCGCCCCGACAUCCGGGCCAAGGCGCAGGGCUUCCUGCAGAGCGGGUACCAGCGGGAGCUGCUCUACAAACACGACGAUGGCUCUUACAGCGCCUUCGGGAAGAGCGAUUCCAGCGGCAACACCUGGCUGACGGCCUUUGUCCUCAAGUCCUUCGGGCAAGCCCGAGCCUACGUGGCCAUCGAGGAGCGGCACAUCGCGGACGCGCUGCGCUGGCUGCACAAGCAGCAGAGGAAGACGGGCUGUUUCCGCAGCGUGGGGAAGCUCUUCAACAACGCCCUGCAGGGUGGUGUCUCGGACGAGCUCUCGCUGUCGGCUUACGUCACGGCUGCGAUGCUGGAGCUGGGGCUGUCCCCAAUGGACUUGAUGGUGACCUCAGCCCUGAAGUGCCUGGAGGCUUCGGCCACGGACGAUCUCUACACCCAGGCGCUGCUCGCCUACGUCUUCGGGCUGGCGGGGCGCAGGGAGCAGCAGCGAGCCCAGCUGCAGAGCCUGGCCCAGCACAGCAUCAGCGCAGAGGGGCUGCUCUCCUGGGGAAGGAAGGGGAAGGCUCCCCCCUCCUCGCAGCCCUCCUGGGCAGCCGCCAUGCCGGCGGAGGUGGAGAUGACCGCCUACGUCCUCCUGGCCUACCUCUCCCAGCCCCAAGUGUCCUCUGACGACCUGGCGACCGCUUCCCAAAUCGUCCGCUGGCUCAGCAGGCAGCAAAACCCCUACGGGGGCUUCGCCUCCACGCAGGACACUGUGGUGGCCCUGCAAGCCCUGGCAAAGUAUGCCACCCUGACGUACAGCGGCAGCGGGGACUACGCGGUGACGGUGACAUCCCCCGUGGGCACGGCGCAGGACUUUGUGCUGCACAACAGCAACCGGCUGGUGCUGCAGCGGGCGGCCCUGCAGGAGCUGCCGGGCACCUACGGGCUACGAGCCCACGGGCAAGGCUGUGCCCUGGUGCAGGUGACCCUGCGCUAUAACGUGCCACCCCCUCCGAGCCCGGGGACGUUCGACCUCCACGUGGAGACGGAGCCCAGGGAGUGCACGGGGGAUGCCAGCACCCGCUUCCAGCUCCUCCUCCGGGCACGAUACACCGGGGAACGUGCCACCACCAACAUGGUUGUCAUCGAGGCCAAGCUGCCAUCCGGCUUCAUCCCGGACAAGAGCUCCAUGGUGGAGCUGAAGAUGCAGAGGCUGGUGAAGAAGGUGGAGGUGCAGCCCGACCAGGUGACGAUUUACCUGGACCAGCUGCCCAAGACGGAGGAGACCUUCGCCUUCACCACCACGCAGGACUUCCCGGUGAGGAACCUCCAGCCAGCCACCGUCACGCUGUACGACUACUACGAGACAGGUGACCGCACGGAUGCUGCCUACAGUGCACCCUGCAGCUCAGCUGACAGUGAGGAGGAGGGAAACUUCUAGCACAGCCUGAAGCCUGGCAGCCAGUCCCCUCCGCUCGCCCCGACUUCCUCAGCCACCGAGGACUGGGACAGCCCCUGCUCUCUGCUCCCACCCUCCACGGGGGACAGAAGGUGGCCCCAAGGUGCUCAUGGCAUGGCUCGCUCUGGACUCAGCCACUUCUCCCUGUAACACAGCUCCCACCCCACAAGGACCUCACAGAGCCAUGGCCAACAUUUUGCUGUUCUACAAGCCCCUGACACUGUGGUUGAGCAGCCAAGUGGUGGCUUUACAGGGACACCCCUGUGCAUGUCCCCCCCAGGGGCAGCAGGUCUGGCCUCUCCACUCCCCACAGCACUUGAACAGGACCAAGACCUCCUUCCCAGUCCAACUGUCCCUUCCCCAGCAGGUCCCCACCACCACUGACCCCAUCUUGCUCUGAGAGCCACAGCGCUACCCCAGCCUCCUCCCAGCCAAUAUUGGUGCUACUGUCACCAAGAGGGACCUGAGAAUGGCCCCCAAAACAGGUUCAAGCACUUGGAGAAGCCACAUUCCCCCCGCCCUAGGUCUAAAUAAAGACAUUUUCUCAAGGAUG